GACACGCCCACUUCCAGAAGCCGCGUGUGGGGAACAUGCCCAACUGGUUGUACAAUAACAAGGGUCACGUGACGCCCAGCGCGUUUCAUAAAUGUGCUAUAAGGACAGUAAAGCGCUGAAAGGGAUGCGUGUCUGCGCUCGAACUGCCGUGAUUUCUCUCCAUUUCUACUUUUCCUUCUGACGGAAAGCGACUUUGUUCCCGGAGACGGAGUCAUGUUUUUCUCGGUGACAUGGGCGACCGCUCUCCUCGCGGGCAUCGUCUCGGUGUACAUCGCUCAGCGCCUGUGCUUCCCUUACUUCUGGAAAGACGUCUUCUACCUGCUGAAAGUGAUCCGAUACGGAGCUCGGCUGGAGUUCUACAAACGGACUAAGAUCGUGACCGUGCUGGACCGGUUCGUUCAGCAGGCGCGGCGGAUUCCCGACAAGCCCUUUCUGAUCGUCGAGGGGGUCUCAUACACGUACCGGCAGAUUGACGAGAGGAGCAACAGGCUGGCCCGCGUGUUCGAGCAGCAGGGCUCGGUGAAGAGAGGGGACACGGUGGCGAUGCUGAUGAGCAACGAACCGGACUUCGUCUCUGUCUGGUUCGGCUUGAGCAAGCUGGGCUGCGCCUUGGCUUUCCUCAACACCAACAUCAGGUCCAGAUCACUGCUGCACUGCUUCAACAGCUGCGGAGCCAAGCUGCUGGUCGUCGGUGCAGACCUGUUGGACACCUUAAAGGAGAUCCUGCCCAGUCUCCACGAGGACAAUAUCUCAGUAUGGGCAAUGAAGCAUGAAGUCUCCCACCCAGGGGUCUACUCUCUGCUAGACAAGAUAGAGCAGGCCUCACACGAGCCAAUGCCGGCUGAGCUUAGGUCUACCACUUCACUCAAGACUCCUCUUCUUUAUAUCUUCACUUCAGGGACCACUGGCUUGCCCAAGGCUGCAGUGAUCACUCACCUGCAGUCUUUGAAGGCAGCAGGUGGCUUCUGGGCAUACGGCGGCACAGCGGAGGAUGUGAUCUACACACCACUGCCUCUCUAUCACAGCGCUGCCUCUCUCGUUGGCAUUGGAGGCACCAUAGAGCUGGGCGCAACGUGUGUUUUGAAGAAGAAGUUCUCAGCCUCACAGUUUUGGAAUGACUGCAGAAAGUAUGAUGUGACGAUAUUCCAGUACAUUGGGGAGCUGUGCCGUUAUUUGUGCAAUCAGCCUAAGGCAGAGAACGAGAAAGAUCAUAAGGUGUAUAUGGGUGUGGGGAACGGCCUUCGGCAGGACGUGUGGAGGGAGUUCCAUGAGCGUUUCGGGAAGAUCCGCAUGUGUGAGCUGUAUGGCUCCACUGAGGGGAACCUCUGCUUCAUGAACCACAUUGGCAAGAUAGGAGCAGUCGGUCGCUCCAACUUCUUCUACAAGCUCCUGUUCAAGUAUGAUUUGGUGAAAUAUGACAUGUUGAAAGAAGAACCUGUGAAAGAUGAACAGGGUUUCUGUCUGCGUGUUAAGAGAGGUGAGAUGGGGCUGCUGUUAUCUAAGAUCAGUUCCCAGAGCCCCUUCUUUGGUUACGCUGGGAGCAAACAGCUGACUGAGAACAAGGUCCUGCGAAACGUGUUUGUGAAAGGAGAUGCCUACUUCAACACAGGAGACCUGAUGGUGGAGGAUGAGGAGAAUUUCAUUAGCUUUAAGGACAGAGUGGGCGACACUUUCAGAUGGAAGGGAGAAAAUGUGGCUACUACGGAGGUGACAGAGGUUCUGGGGCUUCCGGACUUCAUUCAGGAAGCCAAUGUGUAUGGGGUGGAGGUUCCAGCGCAUGAGGGUCGAGCCGGCAUGGCAGCGAUCAUCGUGAGGCCCAGCUUUGAGUUCGAUGGGAAGAAGCUGUUUGAGGCCGUCCUGACGCACCUGCCCACCUACGCUCGCCCACUCUUCAUCAGAUUACAAGAAUCUAUGGAGAUGACAGGCACGUUCAAGCAGCAGAAGUUCCGUCUGGUAAAGAGCGGGUUCAACCCUUCCACCAUCAGUGACCCGCUGUACUUCUUGGACUAUACAGAGAAAAGCUACGUCCCCCUAACAGACGCUAUCUAUGAAAGCAUACGGGCUGGCCAGCGGAAGCUCUAGCCUUUACCUGGCCCAAAGGCUGUGUUACACUGACCAAGCACAAGCCAUGCUAUCACAAAGGAACAGCCUCAAUAUUCCCAGCUCAUUUGUAGUGUUGUAUAUUUGAUGGGGACAGAGCAACCCAAGAUGGACACCGCCCUGAAUAAUGGAUCGCUUCCUCCUUUGUGAGCUUUUCACGUCUACAGCAUCAGUUAAUAAGAAAUUAGAGAGUUUUAAUGACCAUGCGUGACCUUUUGUGGGGAGCGAGGAGGCUGAUAGGCAGGAUAAGGAAGAAUGAGUCUGCCUCAAUCUCAUCAAAGCCCGUCUGGUGUCGGGUUCCGUCGGCUCCUCGGCCGCUGCCCGACGGUCUGGUUUUAGAAGACCAGGUCACUCUUAACACUAACGUUGCUCGAUAAUCCACCUUCACUUAACCCUUCAUCUUCACUUUCCCCUCAGAUCAAUCUCAGGUAGUCCUCAGUGGACGUUAGUACAGAAAACAAACGCAGCUGCUGCCGUCACAAUACUUGAAAUGUCUCAGUCUGAUCUACAUGUAAAAACAUUCCAGUAUAUAUAUAAAGCUGUGCGCUGUAAUAACACAUUUCAAAAGUCUGGAAUCAAUAAUAAUGAUAAUUUUAAAUUCGUUCUAUUGUUUUUAUUUAAAUUGUUUUUCAAAAACAAAGAAAAGCUUCAAAAACAAUGAAAGCCAUCAUGUUUAUACUGUGUUGUACUGCGUCCAAUUAAAUAGGACUAACUGUGCUGUAUUUGUAACACAACAUAAUAAUAAUAAUAAUAACAAUAAGUUCAAUUUAUAUAGUGCCUUUCACAAACCCAAGGAUGCUUUACAUCAUCAUCAUAGAGGGGAAAAAAAAAAUAAUAAUAAUAAUAAUAAUUCACGCUACAGAGAGGAAAAAAGGAAGGUUUAUAGCAGGGAUUUGAAGGAAAACAGAGAAGAGGAAUUACAAAGAGUGGAAGGUAGAGAAUUCCAGAGUUUGGGGGGCAGUAGCACUGAAAGUUUCCUCAGAAGUUAAGAACUUGGUAUUAUUGAAUAAAUGAUGAUGGUCUCUGAUGUUUGCACAGAACUAUAAUUCAUCAUGACAACAAUAAAUAUUGUCAUAUUGCCCCCCCCCCUUUAUACUAGGUGGUCGGGAACAACAGGAAUUAAUUACUGUAAUUGUUUAGUCUUUUUUUUUUUUGUAAUCCUGUCUACAUCCGACUUUGUUCACCACUUUAAAAUAAGGCUCAUCAUGGAUAUUAACUUCAUUCUAACUUCAUUCUCGGUACUGUACAUCUUUCCUAGUCAUUUCAGGAUCAUAACAGCCGUGUUCAUAAUUCUGGGCACAUCUAAAUGUUCUAAUUUCUUGAUAGCUUCCUACAAAUGAUUUAAAACCUAAGCACAGGUUAUUUUAGAAUCAUUUUAUAUGUGUAACUACAAAAAAUUGCUUUUAUAUUACUUAAAAUGUUGAUUCCAAACUUUUGAAAGGGUUCUGUAAAUAUCUUUGGCUGCUUUUAGCAAUAAGCAUUUGGUCAGUGGGUUAAGGGUCAUAAGGCCAUAAAUACAGGGUGAGUCAAAAGUCACAGGACAGGUUUUAUUUUAUUUUAUUUUUAAAUGUAUUAUCGACUUCUAUCUCUGGGGUCAUCUCAAACAAAUUGUGUAUGCUGAGAAAAUCCGCAACAAACACCACCUUCAGCACCGCAUCGUGGCGGCUUGUGACAGCGUAAAAAAUAAAAUAAAACGGUGUCCUGUGACUUUUGACUCACCCUGUACGUACACAAAAGCCAGAGCGCAUUCCACAUAUGUCAUUUAAACAAAAAAGCCAUUUUGUACAGUAAGCUCCAGAAGUAUUUGGACAGUAGCACAUAUCAUUUAAAAUGACAACAUAUUUUGCAUUAAUUCCAUUUUGGGGCACCAAAAGCGGCUCUAAAAGCAGAAACAGACGGUUAUGGUGAGUUAUGUUGCACUGUGGCUGCAAAUAAGCAUAAAUGGACACACAACUCGUAAUAAGAAACAGUUCCAAAUUGAACAUUAGAACAGUCAAAGUGAUUUUUAUGCCCCUCAGUGGGAUAGGUGAGUACAAAUAUGCUGUAUUUUAUGAACUGAAAUGAGCAGAAAUUCACACUGACAUGUUAUUAUCCUUUAAAUGUACAAAAUAUACAGCAUAUUGUAUUAUACACAAUUAGCUUUCUUUUAAUAAUUCUGUGCAUCCUUUAUCUUCAAGAGUUAAAAUACAUAAUCACCAGUAAGAAUCCAGCAGUACAACUUUACCUCGAAUGUUUACUGUAGUGUAUAAGCGUCUGAUGACUGUGAGAAAGCUACACUUUCUACAGCAGAGCUUAAAAUCUGUUUUUAAUUCUUGAAUAAAGGUUGAUAUUGCAUUUUAAACGCAAAAAUAAUUUCAAGUUUGAAAUUCACUGCAAAUCACAGGUUUGUGUGCUGUAAUGGAAUAAAGCAUGUGUGUCAGUCUAGAUGAGGCAGGUGGACGUAAGAACAAGCAAGUCCUUAUUAUACAAAACAGUAAAUGAACAACAAAUAAGAAGACAAACACAGACGUCAGCGCUGAAAAUAAACACAGACACCUAGGCCAGACUGAACAGGAGGUAGACUACAACAUGAAAACACAGGUAAUGCUAACUGCUAAGCUAAGGCUAAAUCCUAAGGCUAAUGAGGCAUGUCAGGGGAGGACAGAACAAAGAAAGAACAAUAAGCUAAUGCAGCAGGUCUGGGCCAGAGGUCUUCCAACCUUCAGAUCGUACCGUGGGCUGAAAUAUUAUUCACAAAUGAUUUUGAAACAAUCAGCACAUAAAAUCCGAGCCAUCCGCUACUGUGUUUCCUAUCACUGCAUAAGAGAUGUUUUUAGAGAAGGUUUUAGGCCUAAACUUAUCUUUGUAAAACUCAUUCAUAGUGCAAAGGUGCAUGCAAGGUGUUAUAAAGGCCAAAUAGUCAUCGAACAAAACUUAUUUUUUGAGAUUUACCACUUUUUCACCAUCAUCAGCAUUACAUAUAAAAACACAGAGGACACGUGUGGGUUUACUGUCUCUUGAACUUGAAUACUGUUUAUUGCAUUUACCGUAAGAUGACUGCAUUUCAGUUCCUCAUGAGUUUUCAUGUUGCCUGUAGAUGACAUCAUUAUAACAGUACUUCAGGAACAAGACUUCUCUGAAAGCUGUUAAAUGUGGAUUUUAAUUGAGAUGUUAACUGUUAAUAGACAGAUUACCAUACAAGAACACUAAAUACAGGCAGAGUUUUCAGGAAGAUGUUCCAGUCAGUGCUUUUAUGAUUUCAUGAUUGUGUUGUGUGCUGUUGUGAUGCUUGUCAUUUCUUAUUAAUACAUGCAGUUUAUAGCUAAUUCUAACAUGAAAGUGCUGUUUAAAAAUGAAAUGAGUAUUGCUCAUUAAACAAAAAGGCACAAUAAA